UUUUGCAGGAAAUUUGGGUUGUGUCCAGACAGAAUUUGAAGGGGGUGAAAUUUUACCUACCAGGUCUAUUUCUGGGAGCAAAGCUAGCAAAAUCCCCAGAGUUCGCAAGAUGGUAGCUGCUCAGAGGAGUAAAGAACAGAGAGGGGUCCUUGAAGCAGAGGGGCAAACUGAAGUUGCCAAGGAGAAGAGUGCUUCAGAAAAAGAGGCUUGUCCCAGACUAAAGUCUCAGAAGAAAAGGAGCACCUCUAGACCUCCAGAGGCUGAUUCUCUGGCCAGACAAAGCGAUGGUGCCAAGGCUCUCAUUGGAACUUCAGCAGAACGUGCAUCCAAGCAAAAUGCUCUGAGGGGGCAGUUUUCCUGCAUUACAGAUCUACUGUCUGUGCCAGAUGCCUUCUUGAAGGAGCAGAUAGCUGAGAUGUCGCUAACCAAUAACCAUAUGGAUCUUUCACACAGUCCUGAAUCCUCUCCUGUGACCUGUCCUGCAACUUUGCCUGUCAACUCCAGUCCUACAGAUGUACCAGUUUCCAAGAGCUCAAGUGCUGAUGGCAACAGAAACCCUGUUUUGGAAAUGCCAGAGAAAUCCUCUGUUUGGUUGGAAAACUCCCUGCUAUUUAAAGAAAAGACUGCAGAGACACCUGAGGAAAGAAACCAAGCUGAGUCAAGUUCUCAGAACCCACCUUCACAGGAACCUGAGAUGAGGCCCCUACAGAACUUGACCAAUACCAGGACCCUCUCUUCCAGCUCAGAAGUGGCAAGGCGUUCAGCCAGGAAGAGACAGGACCCAGGCUGUUACGCAGAGCCAAAACUCAACAGUAAACUGAGGCGGGGUGAUCCAUUUACAAAUACGGCGUUCCUCUGCUCACCUAUCUACAAAAAAAGCAAAACUGCCAAAGCCAAGGAAACAACCAAGAAGACUGGAAACAAUGGCUCCCUGAAAGAAUGUCCCAGUGUCAAGACAGGCAAGCAAACAGCAACAGGCAGAGACACAGAACCAGAAGUAAAAUAGUGAUUCAGAAGGCAAACCCCAAGAUCCUAGUG